UUUCUCCUUGAUGCAUAAAAUAUAUAUGUGUGUGUGUAUGUAUAUAUUUUGUCUGGCACCACCGGAGGGCGUCGCCGUCUCCUGUCAGUCCCACAGCAGUGUUUGUAAAUAUGGCCGAGUACCUGGCAUCGAUCUUUGGCACCGAGAAGGAUAAAGUAAAUUGCAGUUUCUAUUUUAAAAUCGGAGCUUGUCGACAUGGAGAUCGGUGUUCCAGAAUACACAACAAGCCAACAUUUAGCCAGACAGUGCUCAUCCUCAACUUGUACUGCAAUCCCCAGAACUCAGCCAAGUCAGCAGAUGGCUCUCACUCCACGGUGAGCGAUGAGGAGAUGCAGGAACAUUAUGACAACUUCUUUGAAGAGGUAUUUGUGGAAUGUGAGGACCGCUAUGGCGAGAUUGAAGAGAUGAACGUGUGUGACAACCUGGGGGACCACCUAGUGGGCAAUGUCUACAUCAAGUUCAAGUAUGAGGAGGAUGCAGAAAAAGCAGUGGUGGACCUGAACAACAGGUGGUUUGGAGGUCGUGCCAUAAAUGCAGAACUCAGUCCAGUCACAGACUUCCGAGAGGCGUGCUGCCGCCAGUAUGAAAUGGGAGAGUGUACACGGAGUGGCUUCUGUAACUUCAUGCACCUCAAGCCCAUCUCCAGAGAGCUGAGGAGAGAAUUGUACAGCAGAAAACGAAGAAGGUUAGGAUCUCAUGGUAGAAGCAAUCGCCACAGGUCGAGGUCCCGGAGCCGCAGGUCCCACUCCAGGUCCCGGUCACGGCGGCGAGAGUACCGGGACAACUCGGCGUCCUUGGAGCGGUUCCGGUCACACUCACAGGACAAAGAGCGUGAAGGCAGGUUUGGAAGGUUUUAGUGCUCAAACAGUUCUUGGUGAUGUGGAGGAUCAGGUGGAGGAUAAAUGAUCUCAAUGUUCUCAGUGGAAAGGAAUGUGACAUUUGCUUUAGUAUGUUCUCAGAACCCUUUAUUUAUUUACUUGUGUAUUUUUGUAUGUCUUAUUUAUUCACAAUAAAUUACUUGUUGCAGCUAAUUCUCUGUUAAAUUGAACUUGAGCAAAGCUCCAGUUUUCAUUACAUGAAACCUGGAAUUUGUUUAGAUUUUUAAUCCAUUUUGUUUUAGAUUAUAAUUCAAAUAGGAACCUUAUUAUGUUGAUAUUAACUAUCUGUCAUUGUUUCUUACCUACUCAUAAGACCAAAGUUAUUUUAAGUUGUAUGCCAGUCUUGAAUUUGUACUCAUCUAGUCUACAUGAUACUCAUUGGCUGUGUUGUGUGAGGAUUAGCACAGCCUGCCUGGCUCAGCCAGCACGUGUCACCUCCAUUUUUAUGUGCUUUUAUGUUUGUGUGUUUGCUCACUCUAACAGGGUUGUAAAAUAGAAUUUUGAAGAUAUAUCAUGGAAUGAAAAACAUGCUUAGCUAUUUAGGAUAGAAUCUAAGUUACUUUAAUAUUAUGAACUUCCAAUUUACAUGUUAGAUUAAACCAAACUUGGUAUGAUGGUUGAUCAGCAUCUCUCCAUUCCAUAAACUACCAAAUUCAAGGAAUAUUGACAUGGCCACCAAGCACUGGUAGCCACUCACCCGUGACCGGUCAGUGACCAGAGGCAUCUCUUCUCCUGACAUCUUAAUAGAUGUUGUGGCCACAAGUAUGGCAGGAACUGUCUGGGGUUUUUGGUAAUUCACAAAACUUAUAAUGCAAUUAUACAAAUAAAAGUUUUUAUGCCAUUUACUACAUAAGCAUAAUGUGUGCAUAGGAGUUGAAAUGAUCAACUUCCAAUUGCUUGACUAAACACCUGUAUAAAAUUGAAGAAUGAACGUUGUCUGUGUUGUUCUUUUGUGGAUCAAGGGUUUAUUGAUUUACAUAUUUAUGGAGAUAAUUUAUUGUAUUCAUUUUGCCUCAUCCUCUACAAACUUAUUACUUUAAUGAUUUUCUCCAUCAAAUUAUUAUGUACCCUUGGCUCUUAAGUCUCAGUGUCACUUUGAUGUUUUUAUUGAUUCUCAUAACAAAUGAUGCAAGUUUUGAUUUUUUUUGGUCAGUCACAUGUUGUAUACAUAUCCUUACAUUCCACUCUAUUUUUAAGUUGAUCCUUACAUUCCACUCUAUUUUUAAGUUGUUCUUUGUCUCAUAUGUUGAAAAUGUAUACACCUGUGGAUCAGUUGAGUUUUUUUUUAAGGUGAGAGAGUAAGGAGAGGAGGCAUGUGAGGAGGAAGACAAGUGGAAGUAAGGAAGAUGGCAGGGUGGGAGGCAGCAUCAAUAGAUUGGCUGAAGCUGGAAGAGGGAUGUCUGUCCAGUCUGUUGCAAGUCCAUGCAAGUCCAUGGCUGUUCAUAUUUAAAUUAAAAUACAGAUAUGUGGGCUUAGGGAGACAAAUGGUGAUUGCAGUGGUGACUCUGAUGCUAUAAAAUGUGGUAGGACUUUACUGCUAGCAUUUUUGUUCAAUUAUCCUGAAAAUUAGGGACUGACGUAUGUGGGCUUAGGGAGACAAAUGGUGGUUGCAGUGGUGACUCUGAUGCUAUAAAAUGUGGUAGGACUUUACUGCUAGCAUUUUUGUUCAAUAAUCCUGAAAAUUAGGGACUGAUGUAUAUACCUAAGGUUCACUUUUACCAGUAGUACAUACUAUAAUUUUGUUGUGAAGACACAAGAGUCCUGCAUAUACAAGAAGAGAUAACACCAUUCCCACAAAAGUUAGCUACUAAGUAGCUCAGAUAACCUAUAAGUAAACUUGCAAUAAUUGUUGACACCUGAAUAGGUGCAGAUGUAAGUGUAGAUAGAUUAAUGGAAAACUUGCUGCAUGUUCACUUGAAAUAGUUUAUGCGGAAAAGUAAUGGAAAACUUACUGCAUGUUCACUUGAAAUAGUUUAUGCGGAAAAGUAACUGUUCCAAAGGUAGGUUUGAGAGAUCAGACCUGCAACAGUUUACACACUGCUCUUGAAACCUGACCAAAGAAUGCUAGACCUUAAGAUCCAAAACACUGACUGCAUGCUAUUCACUUUACAAGGACACAGCAGCAACAUCGACUAAAUAAAAAGCUAGAACUGUUA